AUGUCGUACCACGACCUUCUCACUGCCAGCCGGCUGGCCAACUCGUCAGCCAACCUCGUCGUCGACGCCGUCAAGGACGGUGGCUCCAUCCGUACAACCGCCCUGGUGGCCAUUCCCAGCUCGCUCGCGGGCCUGGCCAUUCUUCUCGUCGCCCUCCUAUUCUAUCGCUUCCCAGACAUUGCCGUCGGCACUCGUCCUCGCCCCGAUCUCAAGGGCCCCAAGGGCCACCCGCUGCUUGGCAACCUGCUCUUCACCAUGAAGAACAAGGACCCCCUCGGAUGGCAGCUGAAGGCCCAGGAAAAGUACGGCGUCGGCUGGUCAUUCACGCUUCCCGGGGUCGGACGCCUCAUCGACGUCUCUCGACCCGACUGGAUCCAGCAUGUGCAAAAGGACAACUACCUCGGAUACGUCAAGGGCAACGAGUUCCACAACAUGAUGAAGGACGUGCUCGGCAGCGGUAUCUUCACCGUCGACGGUGACAAGUGGAAGCACCAGAGGAAGAUUGCCGCAAGAAUCUUCACCGUCAACACGUUCAAGAACAUUAUCACGGGGGCCAUUCGUGACGAUCUCGUGCUCCUCGACAAGAUUCUCGCGGAAAAGGCUGCCACUGGCGAAAUGUUCAACAUUCAAGACCUCUACUUUCGCUUCACCCUCUCGAGCUUUGUGAAGAUCGCCUUUAGCCAGGACACUGGCUCCUUGUCGCACCCCGACAGCCCCGACGAGUUUGGCGAGGCGUUUGCCUACGCCCAAAAGGUGCUCGAUAUGCGUUUUGUCAAGCCCUUCUGGUCGGUCACAGAAAAGUUUAAUGAAAUCGGGCGCAAGAUGCGCGCGUCGCGCAAGGUCAUCGACGAUUUCUCCGACAGCAUCGUGCGCAAGCGUCUCGCCGAGGCCAAGCAGGGCAACGUCGCCAACGCCGAGCACACCGACGCCGACGGGCGCAGGCAAGACCUGCUCGACCUGUUCAUUGCCCACCGCAAUAAGGACGGAUCGCCCCUGGACCCGAAAAGUCUGCGGGAUGCGAUUUUAAACCUCCUAAUUGCUGGCCGUGACACCACCGCUGAAGCCCUCUCCUGGAUGACCUGGCGCAUGAUCACCAACCCCGAGACGUACAAGUUUGUCAAGGAGGAGAUCAGUACCCAGCUCGAAGACACCGGAUCCCUUGACAUUGACUACGGCGACUUUAAGCAGCACGUGCGCAAGCUCGCCGCCAUGCACGAGACGCUGCGCCUGCACCCCAGCAUCCCCAAGAACAUUCGCCGAGCGGUCGCAGACGACGUGCUGCCCAACGGCGGCCCACGCAUCGACAAGGGUGACAUUGUGCUCUACUCUGACUGGGCCAUGGGCCGCAACCCCGACGUCUGGGGUCCCGACGCCGCUGAAUUCCGCCCGUCGCGCUGGAUCGACGACGACGGGACCUUCAGCCGCGUGCCAGCCAACAAGGCGCACUUCUUCUCGGCCGGGCCACGCGCCUGCCUUGGCUCUACCCUCGCCAUCUUCGAGGUCUGCCAGGUCAUCAAUGUCGUGUUUGGCAAGUACGAUGUCGAGCUGGUUGAUCUUGGGCCGAAAAACUCGGCCACGCGCGACGCUGUGCCCGACUACCUCAACUCUCUCACCCACCCCAUGAAGCGGCCACUCAUGGUCAAGGUGAAGAAGUGCACAUAGGCGUCGGCUACACCAACGCGGCCCGUAGAAUAUGUACCACGCCCUGGCGCAGGUCGCCUUCCGGCUGCCGCCCCUCAUUCCUUCUUGUAGAACUUUAGACUUUUCCGACGCUCCUUUGGUCCUCUAUGAAUCGUGUCGUGUGUGUG